AUGGCAACCAUCCCAGUUUGUUUUGAAACAAAGGAGGAUAGUACAAAGAGAUCGCACUCGCUAUUGCUCACAGCAGGUUUUUUCCACGAUAAUGGAACAAGACGAAAAUGGAUUUCCUAUUCACUAAGUGAAGACAGCUUGUUUUGCAUACCAUGCAUUCUGUUUACAGAUGGAACGUCUAGGGGAGAAUAUAUUCGGUCAAAUCAAGGAAAAGCUUUUGCAAACAUUGCUUUCUCCAAAUGGAAAAAGCAGUAUAUUAGAAUUCUGGAGCAUGAAAAAUGCAAUUCUCAUCUAAACGCAAAAGUUGCAGAAACUCUUUUCCUUCAAGAAAACUCAAUAUCGGAUCAGUUUCAUCACCAGGGGAAAAUCGAGUCUGAAAGACGUAAAAAGAAAAUUGUUUUAAACAAAACAGUUUUAAAACGUGUGAUAGAUGCUAUUAUGUUUCUUGAAAAAGAAGGGCUUUCCUUUAGGGGUCACUGUGAAUCACUGACAAAUUUCUAUGUUAAUACAGGAAACUUUUUGGAAACGCUUAAAUUAUUGUCAGAGUACGAUCAACCAAUCAAUGAGCAUCUUGAGAAAGUUUGCGAUCACCAAGUGAAGCAAUCGACAAAGGAUGGUGGUAAAACUGAUGAAAAAGGAAUCAAAGGACGUGGCUCAUGGCUAACGUUUUUGAGCAACGAUAUUCAAAAUAAGUUAAUCAAUAUCACUGGUAAAGAAAUAUCUUCUGUAAUUGUACAAAAAAUACGCAACUGCAAAGCAUGGGCGUUGAUUGCUGAUACAACACCCUAUAUAACUCAUACAGAGCAAUUGAGUAUAUGCGUAAGGCUUGUUAAUGAAACUGGCGAGUGUUCUGAACACGUUUUGUCAUGCCAAAAAGCAAUUGGAACAACUGCACAUGACCUAUACACUGCUAUUACAACAAAAUUACAAUUGCAUGGAGUUUCAUUUGAAAAACUUGUUGCCCAAAAGUAUGACGGAGCAUCCCUUAUGAGCGGAUGUUAUAAUGGUUUGCAGGCAAUUGUAAAAGAGAAAAUUGGAAACCAUAUCAUCUAUGUUCACUGCUAUGGCGCAUACGCUAAAUCUCGUCUUGUUCGAUUCAGCUUGUGUUGCUAUUGA